AUGGAGAAUAAUAUGACGGAAGAAAAAAAUCAAGAAAACAAACAAAAUAUGGAGUAUUCAGAAGAAAAUGAAUGCAAGAUCAAGAUUCAGAAAGUCAUGUAUACUGUAAAACCUGUGACUGUGUUAGAAUACUGCUUCGCAAUGUUUAAACUGAAUGUAGUAAACAAAUACUUGGAUACCUUUGUUACUGAUCAGGACAAAAAGGACAUCACAGUUUUCAUUGUAAAGGAAAGAAAAAAGGAAUCAAAAGAAACGUUGAAUUUUAUUGGACGUGCUUCGGAAAAUAAUGUAAAGAUACGAGACUUGGCGGCGAUAUAUGACAUACUUGGAAGAACUUGUAUGAUGAUUAACAAAGCGUACAAUUUUAGUCUACUGAUGAUUCUGACCAACUCGUUGGCGUUUAUACUGAUAACAUUUUGGCAGGCGCUUUCCUUCUACCAAUCUCAGGAAAUGGAUUCAAGUGAUUUGAUUUACAUGGCAGUUUGGUGCAUAAGUACAAUAUCCAACCUCAUCGCACUAGCGUUCGGCUGUGAAAGAUUGCUGCGAGCACGAAAUAAGACAAGGAUUCUGGUCAACAAGAUAGUAAUGGACUAUGAUCUCCCCAGGAGUAUGAGAGUGCAAGCCAAAGCGUUCAUGGAACUUGUGGAAGUCUGGCCAUUACAUAUUUACAUAUACGAUAUGUUUACUGUCGAUAUCACGUUAAUCUUGAAGUUUAUUAGUGUAGCCACGACCUAUUUAAUAGUCAUCAUUCAAAUAUCUCAUCUAAUUUAA